GGGAGAGAGAGGAGGAGAGACAGAGGGGAGGGUUAGGACCGAGGGAAACUGAGCAAGAGGGAGGGGAAGGAAAAGAAUGUGAGAGGCAGAGAAGAAAAGACACAAAAUUCUUGAGUUGACAAAAGAGGGCAGGUACCUGAGGCAGGACGAUGAAGGCCGGCGUGGGACUCUUCUCCGCAUUGGCUGUGUUCCUCUUGAUGGGGGGAGUGUUCACCCAGAGACCUCGGCAAAAGAAGCCCACGGUCAGGAAGCCUCCUGUCCCCCAGCUGUCUGUUUCCGCUCAGCCGGAGCCCCAGGAGCCAACAGACUUCCCCCCUCCCAUCCUGGGCCCACCUUCCGUGUUCCCCGACUGCCCCCGAGAGUGUCGAUGCAACCCGAGCCAUCCCAAUGCUCUCAACUGUGAGAACCGCAACAUCCGUGUGAUCCCUGUCAUCCCAUCUAGAACACACUACUUGUACCUGCAGAACAACUACAUCUCAGAAGUGACGGCAGAAUCGUUCCUCAACGCCACUGAGAUCCGCUGGGUUAAUUUUGCAAAUAACCGCAUUCACCGAAUAGACAAAAAGGUGUUUGAGAAGAUCCCGUCUCUGCUAUACCUCUAUGUGCAGCGUAACCACCUGAAGGAGGUCCCUUCUGGCCUCCCAGCAAGCCUAGAACAACUCCGCCUGGGUAGAAAUCUUAUUUCUAAGAUCCCUGCGGGCGCCUUCAACAAGAUGGGUAACCUGACGCUUCUCGACCUGUACCACAACCAGCUGAGUGACAGUGAUCUGGAAAAGAACAUGUUUAAAGACCUAAAGAGCCUCAUGCAACUCAACCUGGCUCACAACGCCCUGAAGAAGAUGCCUGCUGGCGUACCCGAUAGCCUCAUACAGCUGUACCUGGACAAGAACAACAUAGAUGACGUCCCAAAAGACUACUUCAGCGGCUUGCACCACCUGGCGUUUGUGAGGCUGAACUACAACCAGCUGAGUGAUAAAGGACUUCCUAAAUAUGUGUUCAACAUCAGCACCCUGCUGGACCUGCAACUGUCCCACAACCAGAUUACUUCUGUUCCUCUCUUCAACGGUCGCCUGGAGCACCUCCACCUGAACCACAACUCCAUCGAAAGCAUCAAUGGCACCCAGAUCUGUCCUUACAGCCUGCAGGCUGACCCGAGCGACCUCAGUUUGGUGCCCAGUCUAAGGUACCUGCGUUUGGACGGAAAUCAGCUGAGCCCCCCCAUCCCGCUUGAUGUCAUCAUGUGCUUCCGACACCUCCACUCUAUCGUCAUUUAGGAACUUCCUGCUUAAAGGCCCGAGGUUACGAACUCAUGCACGUACGCACACAACAGCACACUUACAGUAUACACACACACAAGUGCACUGUGUGCAAGCGGAGAGUCGAGGCUUGCUCAAUGAAAACCAAAGGUAAACCGCACACAGGCCGACUGUGGAACUGCGUUAUUGAAAGAGGGACAAAGAAAUGUUAAAUAAAACUGUACGGCUUUGAUAGUUCAACUCAAAUUGUUGACAGAUUUUACGUUUUAGUCAUUUUUUGUUUAUAGUAAUACAAUGCCAAAAAAACCCACCUAGAAUGAGUAAAGCCUGAAAAUGCAGGUACAUUGACAGACAUGCUACACACGUGUGGAGGGUAGUUAUGUUCACUAGCAGAUGUGACCGAGGUGUCACAAAGGAUAACAGAGCUGCAGUGGAUGUCAGAAGAACCAUUUUAAAACAUAACUACCAUGUAGUUGAGACUGUCCCAAAUGUGCCUGUGAUUUUCACGGUACUUUGUGUAAAAUUGUCAUUUUAUUCUUUUUAUUCGUAUUCCUCUGUAUAUUAUUCUUCUGUAUAAGGAAGCUUUGUACAAAUAAUGGAAAAUAAAACAUUUUUCUUUGAUCAUU